UCAAGGGUUUAUAGGGUUUUAAAAGGGUGUCUUAUCAACCCCAAAAUAUCAAAUCCUUUGUAAGAGAUAAAAGAGAGAGAAGACAGAGAGACAAAGAUAAAAGAGAGAAGGGAUAUAAAAUUAAAAGUGUUAUAGAAAUUGAGCUUUUCUUAAUAUUUACACAGAUCCCAUUAAAUACAAACAUAUUUCUUCUUCUUCCAUUCUCUUUGUUUAGUCUAAAAGGUCUCAUCUUACUCUAUUUAGAGUAGCAAAAAAUCAUUAUUUUUUUUUGUUAAUACCACUACACAACAAAAAAAGAAAAAAAGGGAAGCAAAUGAAAAAAAUUUCCCCUUUAUAAAUAUUCUAAGAUAUGAUUAGUUUAUUUUCCACCCAAUGAUUGAAUUUUGCAUCCUUGUGUAGUUGUAGAUUCUAGUAUUAGCAAAAAAAAGUUAGUGAGAGAAAAAUUCUUUAGCCACAAAAAAAAAAAAUGAACUCUACUAAUGAAAAUAAUAACACUAGCAAUGGUAGCAGAAGUAGUACUAGUAGUUGUAACAAUUGGUUAGGUUUUUCUUUAUCUCCCUACAUGAAAAUGGAUUCUGCUAAUUCUUCUGCACAACAACAACUGCAUCAUCAUCAUCAUCAUCAUGAUUACAGCAAUCAACAGCAGCAGUAUAGCUUUCUCUCUCCUCCUGCACUUGAGGAGCAGCAACAACAGCUAAAUAAUCCUUCAGUUUGCUUUGAUAAUGGAGGAAGAGGAGUAGGAGAAAAUGGUGGGUAUUUUCUCUCUCCUUUGACUGUCAUGCCACUAAAGUCAGAUGGGUCUCUUUGCAUUAUGGAUGAUUUCUCCAGAUCUCAACCACCUGAAGGACCAAAAUUGGAGAAUUUUCUAGGCAUAAGCUUGGACAGUAUCUACAGACAACAGCAGCAACAAGAAGAGUUGGAAUCAUAUAUAUCUGCAGUAUCAUCUUACCAAGGAUAUUUAGAGGAUGACAUGCUAAAAAACUGGGUUACUACAGUGAACAAUAUGAGUGGUGGUGGGUUAGUUAGUGUUCCUGAAACAACAACAACAGUGAAUAAUAAUGUGAAUGUGAGUUGUUGUGGUGGUCUUUCUUUGACAAUGAGCCCUGGCCCUGUGUCUCAGUUGAGUUGUGCUACUACAGCUACAGCUACAGCUACACCAAUAACAAGUGUGAACCCACAGAAUUCUACUUGUUCAGGAAAUGAUUGUGGUACUUCUACAAUACAAACUAAGAAAAGAGGGUAUGCUAAAGUGGGUCUAAACAAACAAACUGUUCAUAGGAAGUCCAUUGACACUUUUGGCCAAAGAACUUCUCAAUAUAGAGGUGUUACCAAGCAUAGAUGGACGGGUAGAUAUGAAGCUCAUCUAUGGGAUAAUAGUUGCAAAAAGGAAGGACAGACAAGGAAAGGGAGACAAGUUUAUCUUGGAGGUUAUGAUUUGGAAGAGAAAGCUGCUAGAGCUUAUGAUCUUGCUGCCCUUAAAUACUGGGGACUCUCGACACAUACUAAUUUUCCGAUAGAGAACUACAAAGAAGAGAUUGAAGAAAUGAAGAACAUGACACGCCAAGAACAUGUUGCACAUUUAAGAAGGAAAAGCAGUGGCUUUUCUAGAGGAGCUUCUAUGUACAGAGGAGUGACAAGGCAUCAUCAGCAUGGUAGAUGGCAAGCUAGGAUAGGAAGGGUUGCUGGGAACAAGGACCUUUAUCUUGGGACAUUUAGCACACAAGAGGAGGCAGCAGAAGCUUAUGAUGUGGCUGCGGUGAAGUUUCGAGGAACAAAUGCUGUGACUAACUUCGACAUAAGUAGGUACAAUGUCGAAAAAAUUAUGGCUAGUGAUACUCUUCUAGCUAGAGAGCAAGCUAGACGAAACAAAGUUGAAAUGAUCCAGGCUUUUGAAGAGUGCCCUAAUCUAACUCAAAAUAUUGCUGGACAUCCAAAUGUAGCUCCCAAUGUCAGUAGUGCUCCUUUAGAGUGGAAGAUGGUGUGCAUUGAGCCAAAUCCUUCAUUCUCACUCGGUUUACAGGAUCUUGUUGAACUCGAAAUCGCGAGCUCAACUCAUAAGAUAGGCUCAACAGCUCAUUUGUCAAGUGGAUCGUCUUUGGUUACAAGCUUGAACAGCUCUAGGGAAGGUAGUCCAGAUGAGAAUAUGUCGCUAUCGACGUCGAAUUCAAUGGUGUUUCCAUGGACUGCAUCAGCUCAGCUAAGGCCUGCAGAUGCAGCAGCCGUUCCUGUGGCUCAUUUACCCCUUUUUGCUGCAUAAGAUUAUGCUUAACAGGAAGAACUACUUGCUGUGUUUUCCUGAGAGUUGGAGUAGGUAUUUUUUUUUUUGCAUGAGGAAAAAGUGACAAAAGGCAAAAGAAGAAAAAGAUUGGAAAUCUUUUUUUUUGUGGGGAACAAAAGAGAGUUUAGUGGAAGAAAAUGAGAGAAGAGAAAGGGUGUGAUUAGACUUAAUCAUGGGACAAAAGUGGGGGCAUUAUUUGUCUGUAAGCAAAAUGUUGUAAACUUUGUCAAACUUGAUACAAAAAUAGUUUGGCUCAUCUUUGAGAUGAAGAUCUGUUGGCCAAAUUUGGAGGGAAAAGAAAAGGAAGAAUGUCUAAUGAUUAAUAUUCUA